GCCGGGAGCGGACGGCGGGUGGUGGGGGUGGUUCGGCGCGCGCUGGAGGGGUCCGCGGAGCUCGGCUCGGGGCGGCCGCUCCACGGGAUGGGGCAACGGUUCCAGGUGCUGAGGUGCUUCUCCUGCGGCACCUUCCAGGUCCACCAGGUUAAAAAGAGCAGAAAAUGGAGCUGCAAAGUGUGUGGUGAGAAGCAGAUGCUGCUAAAGGCCUAUGGCCAAGGCUCUGGGUCUGACUGUAGACGCCAUGUCCAAAAAUUAAACUUGCUACGGGCUGGGAUGGAGGUGGCAGCUGAGGGAACAUCUUGGUGUAUAGAGGAACCAGUGAAUAAUGACAGAGAGAACACAGGAAUUCCACAGGACGAAAAUGUGGGCAGGCAGGAAGAAGACGUGGAAUUCAGUCCCUUGGUCAGCCGGUGGAAUAAGUAUCUGCACAAGGACAGUGGAGAUCAGGAGGAGGUGUAUACAGACAGAGAGCAGAUGUACUCCCAUAAAAGGAACAUUGUGGAAGAACAAAGGAAACGCAAGACCAGCUUCCGCCACAACAAUGCUCAGGAGUGCUUUGAGGAAAAGAGAAUUUAUGGGCUCACUGGCCAAGCCAAGAAAGUCAAAACCUUCGAGAGCAGGAAAGAUUCAACAACGGUAGCUGACCAGGACGGUGGAGAUUAUAUAUGUAACAGCGUUGUGGUUCCUGCUAUCAGUGAGUUUUGGGUACCUGAGAAUACACAAGCUCCAGAGUCAGCUAAUGUCACCAUGUCCAAGUGGGAAAAAUUUCUCCUAUCUCCCAGCAGCUGUAAUAAUGGUAACAUAACCCCUGCAGCACAGAAGAGCAGUUGGAAGUUAGAUACACAGAGGGCCUCUGCAGGAAACUUUCUAAUGCCGGAUGAAUAUCCACAGCAGGAGGAAGAUUCUGAAUCUCCAGGCCCAGGUGCCCAAACUGAAAAGAGCUUCACCAACAGUAAGCAAACAGCACAGAAAUAUGCCUCAAAGCUUCAUAGCACCACACUGGCUGCCAGAGGGCAGACUGCCUUUGAUGUCAGCCAUGCAGUUAUUGAGGGUGUGCUUUCUGGAAAAUAUAAGGACUGCCUGAGUAGGGCAGGGUCUGGUAUUGCAGAGAACAAUGAAGGCAGCUUAUGCUUGGCAGGCACUGUGAUGCCAGCAAACUAUUUAUCCAAGGAUGCUGUGACCUUUACUUCUACAGAUCCUUUUGCUAGCUCUAGUGGGGUGUCUCAGUGUCUUUCUGCUCCAAGUAGCAGCUUCUUUUGCACAGAUGAUGAUUUUGAUGAUAAUCUUUGAAAAGUUCCAGGCUCUGCACUUUAACUUUCUUGCCUGCCCCUGGUGCCUGUUGGUGUCCCUAGUUUAACUACUAUAGCUGCCUAUUGAAAUAUUACUGGGAAGGACAGAAUCUCUGUUCCUCACCUUCUUCCAAAUUAGAAUUAACAUGGAAUGAAUUGCUUGAGGGAAAUAUCCAUGAUCUUUCUCUGACACUUCUGUUUGAAGAAGAAAAGCUGACCCGAGAUUUUUUCCUUUCAGGUAACUGACUGUUCAGAGCAAUUAUUGUGGGGUUUUACUGUUCACAAGUAAUAAACAGAUUUUGUUUUCAAUAUAAUAGGUUCCUCUGGUAGUGCCUUGUAUGCUCCUAGCAGGUGUGUUUGAGGAGGAAGAUGAAAGGUGGGCUCUUCCCUGGCCAUAGCAUUAGCUGUGCUUUUCCCCAUACCGCCAGAGGCAAAGCCCUGCUGCUGCAUAACUGUCACUGGCUGUAGUGUCGCUUAGGAGAGCCAGUACUUCACUAAGUGCACUGCUAGUCCCUGCUGAGGGAGGCCUGGGUGCUUCUCCCCUCUUGUACAGGUGAUCUAAUAUUUUGAGAAGUUAAUUCCAGAGACAAAUGAACUAAGUGCUUCUGUGUCAUUACCCCAAUUGCUGCUCUUCCAUUACAAAUUAACACAGAGAACGUGUGCAGAAACAGCCUCAGCUUCUACC